AUGUCUUAUCAAAAAGUAAUAGCAAAAAUCAAUGAGAACACUUACAAGUGCACUGACUUCUAUGACUUUGCCGAACCUUUUGAAGUUUUUGAGAAAAAACUAAAUGUGGACGUCACUCCUCUAUUGGAAGAAAUUGAUUUUUAUAAAGGUGGAAGAAUAAUUAAAUACGAUUACGUACCAGAGUCAUCUGAGUUCCAAGAAGAUUCGGAAGAAGAGAGAGAAAAAACACCUGAAUACGAUUACGAAUCAGAGUCAUCUAAGUUUCAAGAUGAUUCGGAAGAGGAGAGUGGAAGAACAUCUAAAUACGAUUACGUACCAGAGUCAUCUGAGUUCCAAAAAAAUUUGGAAAGAGAGAGAAAAAGAGGGAUCAGAAAAAAUACUCAUCUUGAUGAAUUGUUUAACAACUUCAAACAAGGUCAUGUAUGUUUCGUGGGUCCCGCGGGAUCGGGUAAAUCUACACUCAUGAAAGCAACAUCGAGAGAUGCCAUGCAUGGAAUAUAUUUUCAAGGAACCAUCAAGAUGGUUCAAUAUAUACAAUGCAAACAAUAUAUGAAUAACAGUAAAGUAACAGCAGGUGAACUAAUUUUCAACAAUCUCCCAAAGGAAGAAAGAGGUCUAGCAAUUGAUUAUGCAAAAACCCACCCAGAAGAAGUUUUGUUUAUGCUCGACUCCUUGGACACUCUUCAAUAUACAAUUGAUGGAGUUUAUGAAAUCAUCAGCCCAGAUGAGCCUGCAUAUCCUGAAGUAAUAACAUGGAAUUUUCUCGCUGGAAAGUUAUUUCCCGGCUGUCGCAUUUUAUCUUCCAGUCGUGAACAUUCCAUCAGAAAUUAUUGGGGAGAAGUUCGACCAGACAAGGUCAUUGCACUUGCUGGAUUAACAAUGGAGUCAAUCAAAGAAAUUAUUUAUGGAUAUGAAGGAAAUGAAGAAGCAGAGAAAAUAUUGGAAUUUCUCAAAAUCAAAGCUCCAUUACACUUGUUAACGUGCACCACACCUGUGAUGCUGGUUUAUACAUUGAUAGCUUUGAAAUUCAAAUCUGACUUCAAGCCAAACACUAUGACUGGUAUUAUGACUGUGGUCAUGCAAAGCAUUUUACGAUCACCACACACUCACCAAGAGAAUAUUUUGGAAGCUUUGGACAAAUUAAAAGAACUAUCAUACAAUGGGACAGUAGAACGUCGAGUUCUAUUUACAGAAGAUGAUUUUCAUCAAGUCAAUCUAAAGCUGGAAGAAGCAACUGAUCUAGCCAUCCUAGCUCCUGGAGGAAUUUAUCGUAAACUUCUUCGAGGAAUCCACCUUCUAUACUUUCAACAUCAAAGUAUUCAAGAAAUGCUCACAUCUUUGUAUGUUCUUGGUCUAGAUUUAAAAUCUUUCGAGCAGUUCAUUGAUAAGCAUCUUUAUACCGGUCACUUUGUUCUCAUCAGAAAAAUGAUGUGUGGACUUUUAUUAAAUCCCACAGUUUAUGAAGAAGCCAGAAAUUUACUUGGAGAAAUCAAAGAUUUUGAGGAAAAACGAGAUAUUCUCAAAAAAAGUUUGCAAUUAACCCUCAAGGAUCCAACGUCACGCCACUAUUACGGGCUAAUGCGGUACCAGUACAAGCCAAGCUCAGAUAUUUUCGAACUUUUCACUGCAUUAAACGAAGCCAAGGAUGGAAUGAGUGACAUUGUCAAAUCAUCUCUUGAUAGAAUUGACAUGUCUAAACGUCCUCUCUCCAUCAGUGAUGUUCAUGUCAUUGGAUCAGUAGCUUCCUACUGUACAUCACUAUCAAUGUAUUUCAGAGGUUGUGAUCUCAAGUCAGCCUCACUUAAAAUUCUGGCAUCUGGACUGGAAGGAUCGAAUGUGAAGCUUUGUGGAAUUAAUGAGCUAACUGAAGGUUUUGAUCCUCCUGUUAUUGCUCUGAACAAGGUUCUGCAUAGUCAGUCACUGAUACUUGAGAUCAAUCUGUUACACCUGGGUGAUAACAAAAACAUGGGAGUUGAAGGUUUAUCAUCAGUUGGACAAAUACUUUCCAAUCAAUCCUGUGUUGAAUACUUGAAACUUAAAGAUUGUAACCUGUCAUCAGAUCAACUACAAGCCUUCAAAUUAUCGUUGGGAACUAACACAGAGAUUGAUGACUUGGAUAUGAGUGAAGAUAACCUUCCAAAAUAUCGUGCAAACCAUGAAAAAAUUGUUGCAGUUGCAAAUCUGCUUCCUAUUGUUACAGAGAAGUUGGGGUUGUAUGGAUGGAACAUUACAGAUGAAGAUGAAAAAAUAUUACAGAAUCAAUUGGAUGAAAUUGGAUCUGAGAAACUACAGAUUUGGCUGCAUGGAAAAAGACUCAAAUGUCAAAAAAAAGAUAAUGAAGAUGAAGAUAAAGCAACUAAUGUAAUUCUCAAACAAAAUCCAAUCUUGUCUUCAAAAACAGAAUUUGGGACCACAUCACGAAUUAGCAAUUCAGAGAGUACUGAAGAAAAUCGGGAGAUUUCAAAAGAAGCUAAAAGCCCAAGAAGUGAACUCCUGAUGACUGAAAAAGAAGCAGAACAAUCAGAUAAAGAAGUAACUGAGCAAGCUGCAAAGCUAACCAAGCCUAGCGAUACUUCAUCUAGAACUGCUGGUGUUAAGAGAAGAAGAACUUCAGAUGGAUGGAUGGAUUCCGGUAGUAGUCCAAGAAGCAAAAUCCCUGCAACUGCAGUUGAGGAAAUUCAACAAAAAGACGAACUAAGUCUAUAUGAUGCACAGCCCUACUACCCCCCUGCUUCAGAUUCAACACCGUCUCAAAUUGAAAACGCUUCAUCUCAAAGAAGUGACAAACCUGAAAAAAAUUAUGAACAGCAAAAAGGUCUUCUGAAAAGUGAUAUUCAAGAUGCAAGAGUCACAUACGACCUUGUUGAGGUACUUUACAAGCAUCGAGAUGAUAAAAAAGAGGUGAUUUGUGAGGCCAUAAAAGAUAUCUCAAUAAAACAUUACAAUUUGAAUGAUGCGAAUAUUGAGGUCUUUCUCACCACAAUCUCAAAAUUAGAUAAUCUUGAAAUGCUGAACGUACAGAAUUGUGGAACAUCUGAAUAUCUCAACAAAUUUUUUGAAAAAUUGGAAAGGACAAACUGCAAGAUUGCAAAAAUAAGUAUAUGGGGAAUGAAAAACCUGAAAAUCUAUUCACAAUCUUUGCUGAAGCUUCUGACAAAAUCGGAAACAGAAUCACUGAUGAUUCAGGCAGUUGAGCUUGAAGAUGAAGAUGUGAAUCAGUUACUUAAAGAUAUUAAAAGAUUGAAUUCAAAAUAUUCACUCAAUGUAUUGUCUGUGAGUCACAACACCAAGCUGGGACUGAAAGGCUUUCACAAGUUGGGUGAAAUUCUUCACAUAUUAUCUGUAAAAACAAUCAAUUUGUUUGAUUGCGAUUUAACUAAUGACAAGCUCUCGAAAUUGUUUGGUUCUUCAAAGAAUAAACAGAUAUCAACUCUGGAUGUAAGUGGUAACACCGAAAUCACGCUUGGAGGAUUCAAGAUUAUUGGACAAGUGUCUGCAAAUUCCGAGUUGAGAAAUUUACACAUGAGAUGCUGUGAAUUGGAUAAAACAAAACUAAAUGACUUGCAAAGUUCAUGCCAAAGCAAUACAAAAAUAUCAAAAUUUGAUGUCAGUUACAAUCGAACUCUUGGUGUUGAAGGAAUGACUGAACUUGGUAGAACAGUGGUCAACUUCGAAGUAAAAAAUCUGAACAUUGCCGGUUGUGCAUUAAAUGGGAAACUUAUGGAAGCAUUCAGAGUAUCAAUUGGGGAAGAGAAAAUUAUGGUUGAGGAAUUGAAUAUAUCACGAAAUUCUAAGCUUAAAAACGGAAUUGUUGAUGUGGCUCGUCUACUAGAAAGUUGUUGCAUCAAGAAAGUGGAUCUGAGCAAUUGCAUGCUUUCUGUGAAAAAUAUUAAUGAAUUUAGCUCGAUAUUGAGAGAAAAUAAUAUUUGGAUUGAGACACUGAAUAUAAGUGAAAAUGCUCCAACUUUUAUUGUAACACGACGUCACGUUGAAGCAAUCUGUGAUCUUCUACAAAAUGUCUCAAAAGAGCUGAUUUUCAUAAUCAAAUCCAUUAAACCUCAAGUCAAAAGGAUUUUGCAACAAAGAUUGGAAGAACUUCCAAAGGAAAAGGAAACAAAAGUUAUACUUGGGAAUGGCGAUAUUUUGGAACCUAAAGAUAGACAAGCACAACCUACUACUACAUGAUUAAAAAAUAUUAUUUUCGAGAAAGUAUGAAGAGGACUCUGUCAUUC